AUGAAGGCGACUCCGAGCACGAUUGCGACACCCGCUACCGCACCCACUACUAUACCAGCAAUAGCACCGCCUGACAGGGAGUCCGAGGAAUCGUUAUUCGGACUGGAUACCGGGGAAGUAGUGAUUGUGCCUGUCGCUGUGGGUGUCAUUGGCGUUGUGGUCCAUGUGGUCGACGUGGAAGUCCCCGGAAGCAGCGUCGCUGGGUCAAAAGCCCACGUCCUUCAAGUUGGCGCCUCUGAGGUCAAAGACGACUACAAAUCCUCCAGCACUUCGGUACUUACACUGCGUAACGGGCUUCGCUCUCUAUUCCAGCAGACAUUCCGCUGCUCAGGAACCCCAGUGCAUUCCUCCCUAUCUCGCAUAGCAGGUCAGAACGCAAGCUUUACGGUGAAAGAAGAGAGAAAGGCAAACCAACGUUUCAUAGAGACAGCACCGGUCAGAACUGCCACUGCGACAGGUAAGUUGCUUGUUAUUGUUGGUGCAAUCGGACGUCAACGCCCAGCAUACGCCACUACCAGUUUCGCCGUCAAAUGA